AAUAGUCUCUCAGAUCCUAUCACGAUAGAAAUUAUCUUGGUUCAUAACAAUAUUGUUAUUUCGGGUUCUAGCAGCUGAAAUUAAUAAACUGUCAACAUAAAAUUCGGGAGGAUGGCUUUGAGAUUCCUAAAACACUCGAGUGAAAUCGUGGCACCAGCUUUGAAACGAAACUUCUGUUCAGCUUAUGAGUUACAGCAUAAGAACCCGAUUCAAAGAAAAAUAGUGUACGUUCCUAAGGCUCAGUAUGGUGGACGUCACACCGUCACUAUGCUGCCAGGUGGGGGUAUCGGAUCAGAGCUCAUGAAUUAUGUUCGAGAAAUCUUCAGAUAUUGUGGAGUACCAGUUGACUUUGAAAUCAUCGAUAUCGAUCCCAACAGUGAAACAAACGACGACUUAGAAUACGCCAUCACUUCAAUUAAGAGAAAUGGCGUAGGAAUUAAAGGAAAUAUUGAGACAAAAUCGGAACAAACCGGAAUUAUCUCGAGAAAUGUUGCUAUUAGAAAUGAACUUGACUUGUUUGUAAGCGUUGUUAAUUGCAAGUCAUAUCCAGGAGUUCGUUCACAUCAUCAGAAUGUCGAUUUGGUUGUCAUCCGUCAGAAUACUGAAGGUGAAUACGCGAUGUUGGAGCAUGAGAGUGUGAAAGGUGUCGUUGAAUCAAUGAAAAUCAUUACUGAAGAAGCGAGUGAACGUUUGAGUCGAUAUGCUUUCGAAUUUGCUCGCCGUAACGGACGAAAGAAGGUGACAACAAUUCAUAAAGCUAACAUCAUGAAGUUAUCUGACGGAUGCUUCUUGGAAACUUCAAGAAAAGUCGCUAAAGAUUAUCCAGACAUCAAGCACAAUGAUAUGAUUAUCGAUAACACUUGCAUGCAGCUUGUUUCAAAUCCCCAACAAUUUGAUGUUUUAUUGACGACAAACUUGUAUGGAUCGAUCACUUCCAAUGUCAUUUGUGGAUUAAUUGGCGGUGCUGGUUUGUUGUCGGGACGAAAUUAUGGUGAUCACUAUGCAGUAUUUGAACCUGGCACUCGCAACACUGGCAGUACAAUUGCUGGAAAGAAUAUCGCGAAUCCCUUUGCAAUGUUGAAUGCAGCUGUUGAUAUGCUUAACCAUUUGGGUCAUACACAACAUGCAAAUGCGAUAGCUGAUGCUAUGUACGAGACGAUUGUUACUGACAAAAUUCACACAGCUGAUUUGGGUGGCACAGCAUCGUCGACUGAUUGCAUUCAGAAUAUUUUGAAGCACUUAGAUGGCAAAAAUAUCUCGUGGUAAGUGAAUUGGAGAAGCUUCUUCAAUUCUCUUCGGUGCUUGGAGUGAUGUUGAAAGAUGAAGAGAAUUCUUUUUCUGUUUUCUGUUGUGAGUUUUUUUCCAUGGAAAUUCUGGAAAAUUUUCUCACACGCUAACAUGGAAGUGAACUAAGAUAGUUUCCUAAUGUAUUAAACCUAAUAAUUUAAAUUAACUUUCCUUCCUUUCUUUCCUUUUAAUGCAGGCAAGGAAUAACUUAUUGAGAAAUGAUAAUAAUAAUGAAAUUAAUCAAGAUUUAGUUUUCUUUGUUACCACCAAUAAUUAAUUAACAAAUUCCAUUGUGAUUAUGUUGACUGUUAGUUAAAAGUGUUAACAUGUGAUAAUAUUCAUGUCACAAAUCUAAGAUCACUUUAUGAAAAGACAAGAACAUUAAAACAAUAAAAUAAAAUUUCUUGAUGCCACUGAAGUUAAACCAAAAAAGAAAACGUCGAAAUUACUUAUUUCAAACUCGAUUUGAUUAUUUAUUAUUUAUUAGAAUGUUAAAAAUUGGAAGACUUUAUUAUGUUUAAUAAAACUUUAGAAAUUAUCCUGAAAUAGGUUUGAAAAGAA